AAACAAGGAAAUUAAAAGAAAUAUCAUUAUUUUUACCUCAAGAAUCAAAGAAAUAUGACCUAUGAAAAAAUAUAGCUCCUAGAAUGCCUAGGAAUUAUAGUUUAUAGCUUUAUGCCUUUAAAUACUACAGAUUUAACGCGGUUUGACACAAAUUUAAAUGGAUGCCUUGAAAUCUUGGGAUUUGUAGUUUAGUGGAGGCCACUGACGGAAAAGGGCUAAACAUUACCUCACAAAAACUUCCAAUCCCAUGAUUCCAUAGCACUAAACAAUGGUUUGAUAUUAAUUCUGAGGUAAAUUAGGGUAGAAACUUUUACCUCAAGCGUUUUUGUUUCCGCACGGAAUCAUUUCGAAGAGCACUAAAUGAGCAUCACAUAUAAGGGACCUCCGCUCACCUUCCGGUUCUGGACCGGAAGUGAAGUAAAUAAUGAAUUAAUUGUAUCGAGGAAGAGCUGAGGAAGAAGAGGAAGCAGCUGAGCUUGAAAGAGGCCGACUUUGAGGAAAAGGCCCUCUCUAUAUCUCUCUCUCCUCUACUUCCUGAUUGUCCGGCGUCUGGCAUCCGAUUCGAAUCCAGAGAUGGCCAGCAAAGGUCCGGCGGCGUCUGCGGCGUCUGCAGAGAGCUCUAGUGCCGGUGGGACGAGCGGCAACAGCGGCGGCGGAAACGGUGAAGGUCCGAGCCAGGACAGCACCUUCGAGUGUAACAUCUGCCUGGAUACGGCCAAAGAUGCGGUCAUCAGCCUCUGCGGACACCUCUUCUGUUGGCCUUGUUUACAUCAGUGGCUGGAGACGCGUCCGAACCGCCAAGUCUGCCCUGUCUGCAAAGCCGGAAUAAGCCGCGACAAAGUCAUCCCGCUUUACGGAAGAGGAAGCACCUCGCAGCAAGACCCCAGAGAGAAAACGCCGCCGCGACCGCAAGGCCAGAGACCAGAACCGGAGAACAGAGGGGGUUUCCAGGGUUUCGGUUUUGGCGACGGCGGCUUCCAGAUGUCGUUCGGGAUCGGCGCGUUUCCCUUCGGGAUUUUCGCCACGGCGUUCAACGUGAACGACGGCCGGCCGCCGCCGGGUAGGGUUCGAUAAUUGGUCCGUUUGUUAGUGAAUGUCUUCAAGGA